CCUAUGGGAAAGCAAAGCGGCAGAUAUGAAAUGGCGACGGAAUCGUCUGGGAGGAAAAGUGCAGCUCGGCAAACCUAUAGUGAUGCCAUUUGCAGUUUUGUUAUCUGCAAUGAGUCUUCCCUUCAGCGGCAUCAAAUCAUCUUUAAUCCAGACUUCUUUGUGGAGAAGCUGAGACAUGAGAAGCCUGAAGCAUUCACAGAACUUGUGGUCAGCAACAUUACCCGAUUGAUUGACUUGCCUGGAGCAGAGCUUGCUCAAUUGAUGGGUGAGGAAGAGCCCACGUUGCCUGGUGGGCCUAGCAUUUCCUCAGGUUUUUUCCGUUCCUUGAUGUCUCUGAAACGCAAAGAGAAAGGGGUGGUAUUUGGAGCACCACUGACUGAAGAAGGCAUUGCUCAAAUAUCUCAACUCAUUGAGUAUUUGCAUAAGAAUUUACGGACAGAAGGCUUGUUCCGAGUGCCCGGAAACAGUACUAGGCAACAGAACCUGAAAGAAGCAUUGAAUAGUGGAACAGAAAUUGACCUGGAUUCAGGCGAAUUUCAUUCCAAUGAUGUGGCUACUUUGUUGAAGAUGUUCCUAGGAGAAUUACCAGAGCCUUUGCUGACUCACAAACAUUUCCAUGCACACCUUAAAAUUUCAGACUUGAUGCAGUUUGAUGACAAGGGCAACAAGACCAACAAUCCAGAUAAAGUGCGUCAGAUUGAAGCACUGCAAUUGCUCUUCUUGAUCUUACCACCUGCCAAUCGUAAUCUGCUGAAAUUGCUGUUGGAUCUGCUCUAUCAAACAGCCAAGAAACAGGACAAGAAUAAGAUGUCAGCACAUAACCUUGCUCUUAUGUUUUCACCUCAUAUUUUGUGGCCCCGAAAUGUGACUACCAGCGAUCUGCAAGAAAACAUUAACAAACUAAAUAAUGGAAUGGCUUUCAUGAUCAAGCACUCACAAAAACUCUUCAAAGCUCCAGUAUAUAUCCGGGAAUAUGCCAGGAUACAUUAUUUGGACUCCAGAACUCAUGCUUCAAAGGAUGACCUGGAUUUGCCAAUGGUCCAGAAUUUCAAAGACAUUCAGCUUCUGAAAUUCAAGAAACGAGGCCUCUUAGAUCCUUCUGCCCAUUUGGAAGACACACAGCACCAUACAGAAGAAGCAUUGAAAGAGCUUUUCUGCCAUGUUCAUAAUAUGCCAGACUCCGCCAAGAAAAAGAAGCUUAUUCAGCAGUUUCAGAAGCACCCUGAAGCCCUUACUCCUCAGACAGCUAUGUCCACACAGAUUCAGAAACGUGCCAGAACUCGUUCCUUCAGUGGCCUAAUCAAGCGUAAAGUGUUGGGAAAUCAGGUGAUUUUAGACAAAAAGAAAAAUGAUACUGUUACAGAACCUGCAGGCACUAAGGAUUCAAAGCAUGGCAGCAAGGAGAAUAUCAGCAUGACACCAGCUUCCUCUCCAGCAAUUAAUUUGAUAAGAGCUAAGCUGAAAUCUCUUGAACACAGGAAAGAGGAUGCCUCUAAAAAUACUUGAUUUCAUGGAACUUCAAGAAUAUUUCCCUUGAGCUGAUGGUGUACAGUAUAUGUCUAACUUCACUUACUGCAGCUUACAGCUAUGUGCCUUCCAGAAUAACAAGAUUUCCUCUUUCAUAAGGACAUUUCUGUCUGUUCCUUUGUUGAUGCACUGGAUGAUAUUAUUUAGUUUUAUUUUUGUUCCCAAAUGUUCACUAUUUUGACCACCGUUGAGGUUUGCUUUGCAUCCUCUGUCUAUGCUCAUGUAUACAAGGUUGUGUCUUUUUUUUUAACCUGGCAGUUGCCAUUAACAUCCACCACAGUUAAUUCUUGUUUGCAGCUACGCUCCUCUUGUUAUCUUUGGAAAUGGCAGUUAUGUGAUGACCAGGAUGGGAGGAGGAGUAUUACAUUUAACUAUCUCCCACAGGUUGCUGGGGCCACUCUCACACCAAUUUUUCAAUCCCUGAACUAUCUUGACACAUAUUUAGAUCAAGAGUGUAGAGAAAUUGUGCUGUGCACACAAUCUCCAGAAAAUGUCUCACUAACAAAAUGUAACAGGGCUCUUUAUUUAAAUUCUACUCAGUGUUCUGAAUCAAUUACAUCUUUCUCCUUUCACAGGACUAGUGAUUCCAUUGUUAAAUGUAAUUGUCCUGGGAAUGCCAUUCUUAUUUUCUCCUCAGUGCUGUGAAAACAUUUUGGAUGAAGCUCUCCAGCACCACCGUUACAUUUCCAUUGUUUGCAAUCCAGGCUCUGACUCACAUUUUUCAGGCAGGGCCAAGGAGCUGACAGUUUAAUGACUAACAAUCUACUGGAAGAAUACUAAAAGGCAGAAGAGCUCGUUAAUGUGGAAGGCGGCUGACUUGCUCAUUGGGAAGGCGGGAAGGUUGUCAAAUUACUAAAAGAAAUGUUUCCUUUUUCUUUUGUCAAUAACAGACAAACACAUGUGGGAGGAGGGUGCACUGAUACAGCAGUAUUGCUGUUUGAGGGGAAAAAAGACUACAGCAAUAUUGCAACUGCUUGAAACUGCUAAGUUUCUCCCUGCUCUUGAAGACUCAGAAAUCAACACUGAGUUAGGUGAACAUUUCUGCCAUCUUUCCAGAAAACAUUGCUGUCUGAAAGAUUUGUAACAUGAGUUUCAUUCCCCGCCUCCAAAGAGAAGUCUAUAUGUUGUCUUUUGUUUCAUGCUGAGGUUUUAUUUUGUUUUUAAAUUUCAGGCAUUUUGUUUAAAAAAAACUGAAGUAAUAUGGAACAAAACCUGGUUUGAUUUUUUUUAAGGAUUGGGAGGCUAUUUGGGGUCCUUAAAUAUAAGGACUGAUCUUCCUCUUUUAAAGGAGUAGACUUCUAAAUGAGAUAUAUACAAUAUUAUAUAAUAUGUUCUCUAGCAGGAUGCAUAUACCCACAAAUCUACUUGUCAAUAACUUGUCACGAUGGUUGCUAACAUUGUGAAGUCAUAGGUUAGGCUGAGAGUAUGCCAAGAGAACUGAGAUAGGGAAAACAGUAGAGAGAAACACUCUUUAAGUUCUCAUUCUUACCUUGAUUUGGUCAGGUUUAACUACACUGAGAAGAAUCUGACAGGAAUAUGUCCAAACUCCCAUUCAAAUCUUGAAAGUAAAGCUUUCUUCUGCACCAUAGACAAAUCACUCUCAUAUUUUAUGUAAUACCAAGCCAUUAUUUGGUAUUGUGUUCUUGUACUUAACUAUAAUCCUUCUUAUGAAUUCUUUCCAAAUGAGUGAUUUACAUUGUGGCAAACCAUUUUUUUUAACUGCCAUUCAAACUGACAAAGUCUAGUUGGUAGCUUCCCCUCCAUUUCAGAAUUGCAAACUUUUGGAGGGAAAAAUGCAAACUGUUAUCUCAUUCGUUCAGAUAUAAUUGUAAAGUGUAGUCCUGUACAAGCCAUGAAAUAAGUAAGCAUGCUGUGCAGGAGGAAUAAACGUGCAGUUUAUUAGUUAGUGUGAUAUGUGAACUGCUCUACCACACGCAAGGAACUCACUAUUUGAGAUUGCCCCAAAAAGCAUUGCCUAAAUGCUUAAAAUAUUAAGCUCAUUAGUAAUUCAGAUCUUUGAUUUUAAAGUUGGCAAUUCUAGACCAAAUCUAGAAUAAUUGCCUGCAAGAACUGUUACGUUUUAUUCUAAACUUCAUCUGUGCUGUGGAGAGCUUCCAUUUACCAAUGCAAUGUAAUAUUGUAAAUAUUUUUGUAAUGUUGCCCUAUCUGUUAAUGUGAAAUUUCUACAUUAAAUAAUUCUUGGUGUUGGAUCCUUGUUAACAAAUUUCUCCAUUUUUGUUUCUUCAAUUCUGGUUUGUAGCACCAAAUGGGUGUCUGGGAGGUUUAUAACAUAUUUACAUUGAGUUUUAAAAGACUGUGUCUCUGGCACUGAAUUCCAAACAGAAGAUUUCUAAGUAUAAAAAAGCCAUUGUUUUUCCAGUGUAAAGUAUGUUCAAGUUUCAGGAAAGAUAUAUUCCAAUGGAAGAUAAUAUCUGUAACUGAGGCUUGAACUAUGGAAUUCUUAGUGCUCUGUGAGCUUGAUUGUUUGUCUGGAGAUAUUUAAUUACCUAACUAGGUAACAUCAGUGCCACUCAAAGAGCAACUGAGAGUAACUUUGGGAUUGUAUAUUACCUUAUUUAUGGAUAGUUGUUUGUCAAAUUGUACUAUAGAUUGCAUUCAUGUUCUUGAGAGUGCCCUGUCUCAAUUGAGUUUCAGAACUAUGUUUAAAAAAAUCUAAUCAAUUUUAGGUUAAAAAAUUGGGUUGACUUUUUCUAUUUGUUAAUUGGCUCAAGAAAAAAAGGUGCAGUGUGUAUGCCUCAGAAAUGUGUUCGCUUCUUAAAUAUUUCAUUGUGUUAUCCUGAUCUAAUAAAAUAAUAAUUUUUUUUUUACAAAUGGUGAAAUGAGAGGAAGAGAAUAACAUAGACUCCAUCGAUAUCUAAUUUUUAAUUAGAAUGAUCAGGAUACCAUUCCAGAAGAAAAAGACAUUUUAAGAAGGAAUUCAUGAAGGAUUUAUGGCUAGUUUGACCAGCAAGAAACUAUUCAAAGUGUCAUGAAAUACCUGAAAUGCUUUCCCCCCCCAAUGUUUGUAAAAAAGAAAGAACUUUUGAGUAAAUAAAGCAUGAAAGAGAAGGCAAGAGCCCUUUGGGGGUCAUAAAAUUCAAAGCAGUAGAGAAAGGUAUGCCAAAAAUCAUUCACCUUUUCCAAGCAGAAUGUUACUUGCAGUGCUUCAGAUAUGUUUUUGUUCACAUGCAUGUUUCUGAUGUGGAUCUGGAACAGAGGGGUAAUAAUUUCCUUUCUUCAUUAUUCGUGUAAAUCCCAGCCUGAAAUUUAACCGUGGCAAUGAGAGUACGGGGUAGACAUAAAGAAAUGAAGUUGGCCAGCAACUCUGAAAUAACUCCUUUAAUUUUAAGAGUUAAAACAUUUCCAAAAGUUUAAACAAAAUUGCUCAUCUAAUUAAUUAACAUGUUCACUGCUCUUGGUUUUUUAAAAUAAGUUUAUGGGUUCUGUGGAGAAAUACUUUUGCUGAUGUUUUGGAGAGAAAUGAUAUAUUCACAACUUUACUCUUAAAGAAUAUUUUAUUACUAAAUGAAGGGCCCAUGAUUAUCAUUAUUUGAUGAUUUAUUGAAGUGAAAUAGUAUUUUAUGAUUGUAUCUUAAUGUACCUUUUGCAAAAGGUGAAUGGAAGCAAAGCUUCCUUUAACGAUUUGUAAAAUAUAGGAAUGCUGUCAGCUGAAAAAAUGAAAAGUGAACAAAGGCAAAGAAAGUGAAAGAAAAUUAAAAAGCAAAACAUUCAAAAGCUGGUAUAACAACAUUAAAUCCAAAGAACUGGAUGAUUUAUAGAAUGAGAUCAGUGAUAGGGAAGAGGAGAUGAUAUAAAUUUUAAGGACUGAAAAUAAAUAGUUAUUAGUUAAAUAACCAUUUAUAUAAAUGGCUGUUAGUUAAGCAAAUAGAUAUUGUUGAAAAGUUUGACUCCUUAGCUUAAUCAUGACUAUAGGGUUUUGAGGUAAGGAAAUAUUAGGUUUCUUUUGCAGAGUUGACUUGUUUUUCUUGGGAAGAUAUAUUCUUUUGGUCAUAGGAAAUGAUUGUAGAUCAAAUGUCUUCCUUUUCCUAGAAAAAAAAGAUGACUUCUCCAUAACUACCUUUUGCAGUCUGAAUUCUGAUUACUUUACCAUGCAAGCCACCAUUCUGUAUACUGUUUUACUUGAUGUUUAGACUGUCUAUAAAGCAGUUUGAAUUACC